AUGGUAUUUGAUGCCAUUGGGCUGGAUCCUGAAGUAUUGGACAAUGGCUCUGCUGAUGAGUUUUUGACCUUCAGAGACAUUAACCAUGGAACGCCAUUCAAUGGCACGGAUGAACCAGUAGAGGGUGCGAAUGAGGAAAUCGAUUGGGACGACUAUCUGUUUGAGGCAGUCAAUCAAUUGGCCGAUGAAGCAAUUCCAACCAAUUUCAUGAAGAAGCCGGUCCAGUCCUCCGAGCACAUGUCGUGGUAUCCCUUCAAGAGUAAGGAGGAUCUGGCCGAUUGGUCUGCUAACCAAGGUGGGGUGCAGUAUUUGAUUGCCUCCCUCUUAGUGGGAUAUAUACACCACAUCAUGAGUCGCAAUGUGUAUGCACAAAUCCGGCUCAUACUAACCCUAGUCGGGGUGAGACUCCCACAUUGGACUACACUUCAACAUGCCCGAGAAGAGAUUCGGUCAAUGUUGAAGCUCGAAUUACGCCAGAAGAAGAGUGUCUGGAAGCAGGAGUGCUACGCGCUGAGCGUGGGACAAAUUCUUGGGCAUGAAUUAUCAAAUCCAUAUGUCUGUCCACUCUUGGAUUUUUAUCCGGAGGAUCCUCGGGGAGGCGAAAUCUACAAAUGCUCGCAAAGCCAAAAAUGGCUCCAAGAGCUUGGCCCGGCCCUACGCGUGCAGAUGAUUGAAGUCGAGAAUAAGCAUUUUUACAUUUUCGAACCAGCCCUCACUAAAAGUGGUGCAAUGGUAGUGCCUGUGUUCUUUUACAAAUCUGGGAUUGACAUGUAUGCGAGAUGUGCCCUACCUCAGGUGCUUGAGACGCAGUCUCCUGAGCUGAAAAUCGAGAUUUGCAUGCCCCUGGGCGUCUCCUUUGAUUCUGAUGGCCUGGUGGAUGUGAGCGUUUUGGAGUUGGGACAAACUUAUCCCGAGAUUAUCAUGGGUACCCAUGGGACACUGGCUGAUUUGUGCGGGCAACGAAUUUUGGCUCAUCAGCUGCCCAAUCCUUGGCGAACCAAGGCUGAUGGGAAAGUCAUCCGUCACAUGCCAAUUAACCUUUACGCCGAUGAUACGUCUGGCAAUGUUUCCAAGCAGUGGAAUCGCCACAUAUCAUUCUACUUCACUCUAGCAGGGCUCCCUCCAAAAAUGUCCAAUAUGCAGUAUAACUGCCAUUUUCUAUCAACAUCUAAUGAAGCUGGCGUUUUGGAAAUUGGCGAACAGAUUGUGGACGAAAUCAACAUGCUUGCCACAGAUGGCUGUGUAGCACAUGAUGCUUCCAUAGGAUGCGAUGUGCUAAUUAUGAGUGUAGUCUUGUGUUUCCAAGCGGAUUCACCCAUGCACGCCAAGGUGACCAACACGCCGUUGCCAAAUGUGAGCCUGAAUCCAUGUCGCAUUUGCUGCCUACAUACGCCGAGUAUGGAACAGAAGAAGACAGAGGAAUACGUCCGAGCCUUUCUGCACAUUGAUGCAACGGGUCAUUAUAGACGUCCUGACUCAUCUGAUUCACAGAAAUCCCCGCCAUGUCGAACAUGGCAAGCCAUUCAGUUGCAAACGAAGGACCUUUGGGAGCUUGGGAAAAAGGGGGUGAAGUGUCAUUUUGAUGAUGAAACCAAGCGAAUUGGGAUCCGUGACUCCAUCAAUCGCCGCUUUGUGGAGUUGAUGCAACAGAAGGGUAAUGUGGAAGCCCAAGAGGAAGUGUCGAAGUUGGCCCAAUCCAACCUGACGCGGCUGUUCAACCCAUUUCUCAGAUUACUUGGCUUUGAUGGAUGUCGAGAUACCCCGGUGGAGAUCUUACACGUUUUCCUACUCGGGAUUGUCAAAUACGUUACUUGCGACUUCAUGAAAUCGUUAAAGGUCAAACAACUAGAUCGACUUCUAGCGUCUUGGCAAUCGUUUAACAUCAACGCAUUGAAUAUCUCUUCUAUCCAAGCCAAAUACCUUGUCGAACACUUUUCGUCUUUGGUCGGGAAAGACUUCAAGAUCGUCCUGCAAACCGCCCCAUUUGUGCUAUACCAAUUCAUGGAUGACGCCCAGCAGAGGCUUUGGAUUGCUCUAGGCCAAUUGGCCACAUAUAUAUUCCAAACACGCAUCACCAACAUGCAACAGUAUUUGGACGAAUUGAGAAAACACAUUGAUAUUUUCUUAUGGCAUGCCAUCCACACGAAUGCGCAGUGGGUCAAUAAGCCCAAAUUUCACAUGUUGAAGCACCUAGUCGAGGCCAUUGCACGCUUUGGGCCGGCAUGCCUCUUUGCCACUGAGAAAUUUGAAAGUUUUAAUAGUGUCCUCCGUCACGCUUCCGUCCAUUCAAACCGGCACCGACCUGGAAGGGAUUUGGGAGUCUCCUUUCUUAACUUCCAUGCCCUGCGAUUGGUUGUCUCCAAUGCCCAGCUCGUGAAUCAUAAAACCGGUCUUGCCUUCCAUGCAUCCAGCGAAGUGACCAAUCUUUUCAAGAGCAAUCCAAUCAUCCAAAAGUCCAUGGGAUAUAAUCACUCGUUGGUUUCACCUCCGCAUAUAUUUCCCACUAUCAUCCAAUCCCCGCUACCCAAGGCCGAUCAGCAGAUGGUCCCGACAUACUUCAACCAGUAUCCAAGCGCACGAGUGAAGCAGAUUUCGCAGCUGAGAUUGAGCAAAAAGGAUGUGGUCAAGAAGGGCUACUUUGUAUUGAUUGCCCCAGGUGGCCUCGCUAGCGGCCAAGUCAUUGGUCGCGUUGAUUCCCUCUGGCAGAUUGAAUGGGAUCAUCCAACCCGAUAUGUGCUGAAGACGACCACUUUUCGGCUGGGGGCGGUCCACCCAUUUUACCAGAUGAGGAUCCUCCAGAAUACUCACGAGACCAGAUAUGCCUCUGUCACUGAUAUAAAAUCGUGCCUGAAUGCCCAACACGACUGCGUUUCUGGCCAAUGUCCUAUGAUUCCGCGGACAGACACCCCGUCUGAGGGGGCUGAAGGUUCCCCCAGUCGAAAUCAAAUCCAUCAUACCGAUGAUCAGUGGUACAUUUUGAAUUCUUCGUCUUUGCACUCAAUUGAGUCUCACCGGCAACUCGCCGGUUUGGCUAUUCCUCCAGUUGAUGCCACAUGUUGGCAGACAGCCAUUGAUCAUGGCCUUCACAUAUGGCGCACCCCCUAA